AUGGAUUUUAAAGAAAUUAAGGAAAAGAAAUAUAAAUGUGAUAAUCCUAGUUGUGAAGCUGAAUUUGACAGACCUUACAGAUUAGCACAACAUACAUUGAUCCAUUCAGAUUCAAAACCAUAUAUCUGUGUGGAAGAUGGCUGCGCCAAGGCAUAUACAAGGAAAAAUCAUUUGGAGAGGCAUAUAAACACAGCACAUAGAAGUUACAUAGGUCAAUUAUAUAGCUGCCCCAAAUGUUUAAAACAAUAUGCAAAUCAACAAAACCUCAAGAGGCACUAUAAAAUACAACAUGUGGAUUGUGUUAAAAAGUUUUCUUGUGAAAAUUGCAAUAUGCGUUUCAAACAUAAACAUCAACUGAGUACACACAUGUAUCAACAUACUGGUAUUAAAGCAUUUCGUUGCCCUAUGUGUCCAAAACAAUUUGUGUCUAUAACAGAACAAAAAAAACAUCUUAGAAAUCAUAAAGUUUACAAAUGUGAGCACUGUGCAGAAAAAUUCACUAGAUGGGUAGAUAUAGUUCAACACAGACAGACCAGUCAUCAACAUGAAGAAUACAUAUGCAAUGAAUGUGGCAAAGUUUUUAAACAAAGACAACAUAUUAUAAGGCAUGUCAAAGUACAUCUAGAGUCCAAAGAAGUAUCCCUUUUUAUGUGCCCAUAUGAAAAUUGCUUCAGGCAUUAUUCAAGAAACAGCAAUCUGAGGCAGCACAUUUUAGUCAAACAUGAAGGCGUAACAUUUAAUUGUCAUCUCUGUAAUGCAAAACUAUCAACAAAGGCCAAAUUAAAUGAACAUAUAGAGAGGCACACACGUCCAGCUUCGCAUAAACCUCCAAAGACACUUUCUACAGGUAGAAAAAAGAGAAAAGACGCGUAUUUGCCUAGAUCAAACACUGCUCUUAAACUAGCUGGAAUGCCAUGUUCUACACAAGAUACCAUGGUCCUAGACACGCAGAGAGAAGAGAAUGCCAUUGUUAAUCAACUAUGUAGUGUAGGAAUGUGA